UUCCUCUGGGUUGUGGGUUGUCAGCCCUGGAGGAGGUCGUUGGGCUAUUUAAGUUAAGACGGGUAGAGCUAGGAAGUUCCACUGGUUAAUCAGAACUAGAACAAAGGCCUCGACCAGUUCUCCCAUAAAGUGAUUGUAACCUCUUCUGAGUUACUGAUUCUGAGUGGUUCUUUUCAGAGGGUUACCCACAUGAACCUCUACUUUAAUAGAAGAAAUUGAUGCCUAAGUUAACAGGAAGGAGAUGCCACCUAAGACCAAAGGAAAAGGGACAAAAGCUGGGGCCCAGAAGAAGAAAAGAAAUGCAGGUGCUGAUGUGGAGGCUGAAUCCAUGCGCAGGCUGGCACUGCUGGAAAAGGAGGUGCUCCAAGACCGCUUGGCUCUGCAGAGGGAUGAAGCCCGCAGAGCCAAGGCUUCUGAAGAUCAGCUGAAGCAGAGGAUCAAAGACCUGGAGGCUGAACUGGAGGGAGCCCGGAGCGAAGGGAAUGCCAUAUAUGCAGGUGAAGUCUUAACCACUGGACUGCCGGGGAAGCCCUCAAAAGACCUUUAUGCACCUGUCCACUGGACCAAGCAGAGCCCUCCCCACCCACAACUCCCUGUCCUUGCUCCACUGCUCUCUCCCCACCUGGGUCCCUGGCCACCCGCCGCUCUGCCAGAGAUGAGCCGUCAGUACCGGAGCCUGCAGGAGGCGAUGCAGAGUCGCAGCAGGCAGCUGGAGGAAGAAGUAGAGGGCCUCCGGGAGCAGUUAGAAUUGUGCCAGAGGGAGGCUGAGGCUGCCCAGAGGGAGGCCAAGCAGGCCCUCGGAGAGCGGGACCAGACUCUGGCUCAGCUUCGGGCCCACGUGGCAGACAUGGAGGCCAAGUAUGAGAAAAUCUUACAUAUUGAAGCUCGGUGUCUGCAGGACAGCCUGGACCGGCUCCUGGCCAAGCUGAGAGCCGUGAAGCCUCAGUGGGACGGGGCUGUGCUGAGACUCCACACCAGGCUCAAGGAGCAGCUCCGCCAGUUUGGACUCAACCCCCUGGAUCUUUGAAGCUGUGAGUCUCUAGUCUCUGGGGCCCUCUGAGGCCCCAGCAAUAAAGCUGUCUUGAUGUA